CCUGAGUAUUCAGAGUGGCAAUUGACGGUGGGUUUCGGCAGCUCGGCGGAGGGGAACCUCUUCCCACACCUGUUUAUUGGUAGUUGUCACGCAACGUCGCCUGAAUCUGGAAGCUAUAAGUGUCAGGAUUCAGAGUGGCAAUUGCCAGUGGGUUUGCAGGUCUUGCACGGGACUAAAAAUAAUAGUCGGCUUGGGAUCCUUCCACCUACUUCGUCAACUGCACAGUUUUCUUUAAACGCCAAAAUUUUACCUCUCAUUAGAAUCGCCACGUCCUUUUUGUCAGGUUUCUCCUUUCGCCACGGGUUCCGUCUUUCUUUGGGCUUCGCCAUUUCACCAGGUGUUUCGUCUUUUGUACUUUCUAAACUCAGGUUUCAUCUUUCGUCAGGAGUUCCUCUUUUCGCUAUGG